UGCUCUAGUCGCUCUCCUGUCCUUAGCUCGCCUCCUGCUCAACUGUCGCAGUCAGUGUUAUUUGAGCUGUAAUAGCGUCAGGACGAGCCGUGAGAACAUGCCAGAGGUUCCUUCGGGAGCUCCGGAGGUGUCCCGGAAAAGAGGCGCUGAGCCCGGACCGCUACUCGAACAGGGCACGAGGAGGAAGCGGGCUUGCUGGGGCAUUCUGACCAGCCAAGGAUCCUGGGCAGAUCGCUCCCCUCUCCAUGAAGCAGCUUCUCAGGGUCGACUGCUUGCCCUGCGCACACUGCUGGCGCAGGGAUAUCUCGCCAACAUUGUCACCAUUGAUCAUGUGACCCCUCUCCAUGAAGCCUGCCUGUCAGGACAUGUAGCCUGUGUUAGAGCAUUAAUAAAUGCUGGAGCUAAUGUGAAUGCUGCUACCAUCGAUGCUGUCACUCCUCUGUACAACUGUUGUGCCUCUGGGAGUGUUGGUUGUAUGGAACUACUGCUGCAGAAUGGAGCACACACACAUGUGCCACACACACACUUCCCCUCAGCUCUGCAUGAGGCCUGCAAGACAGGAAGCAGCCAGUGUGUAGAGUCCCUACUGUCUCAUGGAGCAGAUCCAGACUAUGAAGUGUCCUACUUGGGUUCUCCACUCUACAUGAGCUGUCUACACCGACACACAGACUGCUCAAAGAUUCUGCUGCACAGAGGAGCCAAUGUUAAUGUAGGCAGAGGAGGUGACAGUCCUCUGCAUGUUGCUGUCAGACAGGACAGUGCUGAUCAGGUGUCAGUGUUACUGGACUAUGGAGCUGAUGUCAACCUCAAAGACACUAACAAUCAGCGACCUGUGGAGCUAGCGCCUCCUGGUGGAAAAACACAGCAGAUGCUACUGGCAUUUGAAGUUUCUCCAAGGAGUCUCUGCCAGUUGUGCCGUCUCCAGAUCAGGAAUCUGAUUGGUCGAUCCAGACUGAAGCAGCUCCCCUGCCUUCCUCUGCCUUCACUGCUCACUCACUAUCUGGAGCACACAUAGAGGGCUCACAUACAGCAUGACAGUUAAAAGCAACUACAACUCAGUUGCCAUUUCUGUAACAUUUUUAAUUUGGAUGUGCCAAGCUCCUAAUUAAACACAGUUCAUGUUAACAUAUCAUCACCAUGGUUUAUACUGUAUGGUUGACUUAGGCUACUACAUCGUCAUAACCGUUGUUAUAUUAAACUACAAUGAAGAUUUACUCUGUUGCACAGUUGUACUCUUGUACAUCAUGCAUUGCCUUUGUGAUGCCACAAUCUCUAUUUUAAAUUUUUAUUCAGUAGUGUCAGAUAAUUGUCCCACUGAUAUUGACAGCUGAUCCAGACUUUGAACUCACUUUGGCUUUACGGUAUUAUUGAUUAAGCAUAAGCAAUAUGUCAUUUUGUGAAUAAAUGGUAA